GCUCAUGCUGCUAAGCAUCAUCUUUGUACAAAUCCGAUUUUUCUAAAAUUGCACUGCGGUAAGGAUGAAGGGGAGGAUGAGGUCGGCAUAGGUGGUGGUCUGUCUUCCACAUGAGCUCUUGCACUCAUUCGAUUGAGAUUAGCAAUUUCCAGACUUGACUAGGCAAUAAAAGCAAAUUCAUGACAUAUCCCUUGCACUGUGAUUACUCCAUAUACAAUCUGUUGACUUUGCUGAGAAUCGAAAACAAUUCAGACCCAAAUCGAGAGCGGUGACCCAAUGUAGCGACCCCAAUUAGAUUUUAAGCGGCAGAAUAAAUUAUUUCGACCAAAUCAGUGUCCCGCGAUUCCUCAAGCCUCCAACAACAUCCACACCACAACAUACAAUGGCAGCUCCAGCCCCCGAAUAUCUACGCUUCACCACCCACAAAUCCCUCACGCAUCGUCUCGUCCUAUCCACAUUAACCGGCCGCCCAGUCCACAUCUCUCAGAUCCGCUCCUCCUCGCCCACCAACCCAGGUCUUGCGCCGCACGAAAUAUCUUUCCUCCGCCUGCUCGACAGCAUCACCAAUGGCUCCGUCAUGCAAAUCUCCUACACGGGCACGACGCUCACCUAUAUCCCGGGUCUCAUAACAGGCAGUGUCUCGACGGGCGGCGGCGAUGUCGUGAGAUGCGUCUUGCCGGAAACUUGUCGGAGGGGAGUUAGUUGGUUUCUAUUACCGCUGUGUAUGCUGGCGCCGUUUUCGAAGGCUCCGAUUAAUGUGCGGUUUGAGGGGGAUGGUGUCAUUACCUCGGCGACGGAGACGGGCGAUGUUUCUGUUGAUACGGUGCGGACUGCUAUUCUGCCUUUAUACGAAGCGUUUGGGAUUAUAGGCAGCAAAUUGGAAUUGAGGAUCUUACAACGGUCGUGUGCUGGUGUGGGAGGCAAAGGUGGUGGAGGUGUAGUGGAGCUGAGGUUUGGGAGUCAGGUUAGGUUGCCGAAAACGCUGCAUAUGAAUCGGAGUCCGGGCAGAGUGAAAAGGAUUAGAGGCGUGGCGUAUAGUACGGGGGUCAGCGCGAGUAACAGCGCGAGGAUGAUUAAUGCGGCGAGGGGGGUGCUGAAUCCGUUGGUGCCGGAUAUACAUGUUGCGAGCCAGUAUGAUCAAGCGCCGCUAGUGGGGGAUAAGGGGAGUGCGGGUGGGAAGAAGAGGACGGGGGUGGGGUUUGGGUUGAGUUUGAUUGCGGAGUGUAGCUCUGAGGGAGUCAUAUAUUCGGCGGAUGUGCCAGCGCCAAGUCAAGGUGGUGUUACGCCUGAGGAUAUAGGGAAGAGGUGUGCGUAUCAGUUAUUAGAGAUGGUGUCGCAAGGAGGAUGUAUAACGAGGGUGGGAGCUCCGACUGUCCUGACGUUAAUGGCUAUGGGAUCAGAAGAUGUCGGGAGAGAAGAGAUCUGA